AAAGCGUGCUGCUGACUGAUUUUCUCUGUGAAAGUUAUACCAGUCGGUUGCAGUAUUUUGUCGGAUGUUUAGUGAAUUAUUACUUAGAAAUUUGUGAAUUACAGCCGAGUUUUGUCAAUAGUGUCUACAGUUUCUGUAAUUUUCGAUUAUACUCACGUACUAGUCUGUCUUCAUUUUGGUCUUUGAUAAUUCCAAAUAUAGGCAGGAUUUUGACUUUAUUUUGUUUUCGCAUAUUUGUGAUUUAUGAAAAAACUGUUUCUAAUUCAUCACUAUUAUUAGACUAUUCUAUGAAGAUUUUUAGUACGCGCACAAUGGAAAAAACUAUUAGGAUUUAAAACAUUGUCGCUUGUUAUUGUUUGUAUUGGCUUACGUCCUUGAAUAAACAUGAAUGUAUAGUUAGAAUAUAAUAUAAUCUUAUAAAUGUUAUCAGUGAAGCGCUAUAUUUAUAUUUGAUGUACUUUUUUUAUUAAUAAAUGGAGUUUAAAGGAUUAACAAAGCUGGAACCUUGACUAACAUCUAUUUUUCUGUGGGAUACAUUUUGACUGAGAUAAUAUUUGAACUGGAUAAUGCUGUAAGCUUAUCAAAGAACCGAAGAUGGGCAAGCGGAACAGCAAACUUAAACCUGAUGAUAUAGAAGAUCUUAAAAAUUCCACAUACUUCACAGAAGAGGAAAUACACCAGUGGUAUAAAGGUUUCAUAAAGGAUUGUCCUGAUGGAAAACUCACUCUCGAGGGUUUCACGAAGAUAUACAAACAAUUCUUCCCUUUUGGCGACCCCAGUAGAUUUGCUACAUUUGUGUUCAAUGUUUUUGACAAAAACCAUGAUGGUUAUAUUGAAUUCCAUGAAUUUUUACAAGCUCUUUCAGUAACGUCUAGGGGAAAUGUAGAAGAAAAACUUCAAUGGGCAUUCCGGUUAUAUGACUUAGAUAGUGAUGGUUACAUAACAAAAGAUGAACUAAGAGAUAUUGUAGAGUCUAUAUAUAAGAUGGUGGGAAAUGCAGCGAAGCUACCGGAAGACGAAAAUACACCAGAUAAACGUGUCAACAGAAUAUUUGAUGUAAUGGAUAAGAAUCAUGACGACAAGUUAACAUUUGAGGAAUUUCUGGAGGGAUCUAAGAAAGAUCCUACCAUUAUACAAGCUUUAACAAUUUACGACGGUUCACAUGUUACAACGUGAAAAUAAAAAGAAUCCUUUUAACAAUUUUAUCGAAAGAAGAAAAGCUAUUAUCGUGCCAGUGUUAAUAAAACUGCAAAGAGGUGAAAUAAAAUUUGGGAUUUAACCUCCGAUUACACUAUUACUUGGUCCAUUUUAGCUUUACAGCUUUGCAGAAUCGGUGAACAGAGGUGAUAAGAUGAGAGGGAACACCUCUAACAUGUUUUAGGUAUUGCUCAGUAUGAUUAACUUACUUAAAACUGAGUGGAAUGUCUAAAGUGUGUUGUGAACUUGAAUUAGUGUAAUUUCAUUUUUAAAGCACUUCUUUUCCUUCAAAAUAAAUGACACUAGUUUCCUUAAUCUUUCAACUUCAAACAAAUAUUCUUUUUAUCUGAAUGUAUACAAUAUGCACUACUAAAUUUGUCAUAUGAUUUAAUUUUUUGAUUUAUGUUAUGCGCAGUAUUAAUUAGCACCAGUGAUUUUAAUUAUGCCUUUGCUAUUUGUUAACAUUUCUUUGAAUAAUGAUAAUAAUUCAUGUGCGGGGAGGGAGAGGGCGGAGUUAGGCAAACUGUCAAGGCUUAAUGUUUACGUAUAAAGUUGUCUAGUGAUGUAAAUAUAUUACUUGUUCAGAAGAAAUCUUUCCAGCUUUUGAUCUUGGAUACUAUACGAAACUUUGGUGUAAACGUGAUGUCGUAAUGGAUAUUCAGUACAUGUAAUAAAUUUUAGUUUCAUCGUACUAACCAGAGACCUUUACUGGCCUCCAGACAGAACAACAUAUCAAAGGUAUAUAAUUUGACCACCAUCAUGGAAGUUUGAUUUCAUGAUCCAUUUAUAAUAAAAUAGGUAUCUAGUAACUGUUACAAUGACUUCGAAUCUCUUCAUUCUCGGAAAAAGGUUCCUCAAAUGUAUGCAGGUUGAUGUAUUCAUAUGCCGAAUAGGACGGAUUUCUUGGAGUCAUGUAAUAUACUUCUAUAUUCAUUAGUUAUUAUGUAUAUUCAGCCAUGUUACUUUAUAUUUCACGCUUCUAUAUGAAAUUUUGUAGUAAUUGAUAGUUUCUCAAUAAAAGAAAUUCUGUCCAUCUUUACAACUUGCUCACGUUUUUAUAUAUCAAAUAUGUAGUAACCAUUCUUUACAGUCUUUAAAUCAGUAUAAAACUCUUUUUGAUAAGCUUAUGGAAGAUUCUUUAUAUUCGCUGGCGAAUUAUUCAGUUCAAACUCACCUAUAUAACUUAUCAGGCAGAUUGAUGUAUAUUGCCCAUGUUCGCGUCUACGUUUUCAAAUUCUGAAAUUAAUAUUGAAAUAAUUGCAACAUACCGUGAUAGCAAAACGUCAAGUGCUUUAAGUCUCAAAAACUGUGUAUUACUCGCUUAAACAAUUCACUUUAAUGUUUGUUUUGGAUCCAGAAUAACAAAACGGUUAUUUCAUAUAUAUAUAUAUUAAAAUGACUGAUACAGGUUACAUAGUGGACAGAAAUAGUAACCAAGCUUACGUUUUGAUGACAUAAAAUUUCAUGUUUUUUCAGUGAAUUAUCGAAAUAUUAGAGUAAAAUAUAUUUGAUGUUUUCAGUGAUAAAUAUAAGAUAUAUUUUCACUGGUGAGAAAUUAUAACACUGGUGUAUUUAAUUAAAACAUGAAAUAGAAAGAAAAUUUGUUUAUUUUACACGUAAGAUCAAAUAUCUUCUACUCAUGAACACCAUAUCUUUCAUUUUCACCCGUGGCUAUAACACUCGUGAAAAUAUUGCAACUGGUGUUCACUCGUGAAAGAUAUUUUAAUCUUGCACUGAAACAAACAAGUGUUCUCUGUAUAUUUUUUUUAAGUAACAGUAAUUUUGAAAUAUAUGCAAGUAUAGGAUGAAAUAAAAUCAUAUAUGAGAUAUAUUAUGGAUAGACAUUUUUUCGUUAGGAAAGCAAUCGAAAUGGCGUUCAAGUUUACUCCGAUUUAUAUGUUUGAUAUUUGAUUGUAACUUUUUAAUAUGUCAUAUUUUUCAAUAUAUGAUCAUUAUUUUUCAAAUAAUCACUUUUCUUAGGUCGAUUAAUUCUCAUAUCGAAUCAACCCUGAGAUCGAAAAUUGUUUAAACUCGAAGUAUAUUUGUAGAAAGGGUUGCACACUUUUGCAGCAGUUGGUAUUUUCCUAGUGUUGUGAUCUUUAAUUUAAUUCAACGUCACUUUUUAUGACGUGACAACAAUAUAUGUUUUCUUUUACACUAAGCUCUCGAGAUUAUAUGAUAUCUUUAUCAUUUCCCAAAAACAAAUGAGUAGAAUUAUUCUUGUAACUGGACUACAUGUAUUUGUUAUAUUAUGGGAUUGACUUUGGAAGUAAUAAAAUAACAUCUUUUCAAAGCUGUUACACGUGCACAAAUAAAAUAUGUUCGCAUUAUCGAAAUAAAACACAUACAACACAUUU